CACGCCAUUGUAUUAUAUACUUUGUACCGUACAAUUAUUUAUGAAAUGACUGUAACAAACUUUGAACAUUUUAUCAACUAUUAAAUGUAAUGAGAAUAAUCGCCCGUAAAUUGAAUAAAGGAUUAAAAGGCUGUCUCUCAAUUUCAGUCGAACAAAAGCAAUUUGUCGAUUACUAAUACGAAACAGCCGUUACGUACCAUGCAUUUAACGAGUCUUUGGCGUGCAUAAAUUCGUUACGGUACGGAAUAAUGGACAUUAAUGUAAUCACGACUUCUGGAAUCGGAAUUUCACUAAUAUAAGAUAAGAACCAUCAGGAAUUUAAAUUUCUGACCCUCCCCUCGCGAAUUCAUAAAUCCGCGAAAUAAUUCAGGGUGCGGGAAUUCGCGAAAUAAAGAUCACGCGAAUAUAUAGUAUAAGAUUCUUUCACUGGUUGUAGGUGCAGAUGAGAAUUUCCGGUCUCCAGGGUAACUGUUUAGGCGGUAACGAGGCUUCAGCCGAGUUACCGCCUAAACAGUUACCCGAGAGCCGGAUAUUCCCAUCUGCACCUAUAACCAGUGACAGAAUCUUUUUCUUGCAUACCGAUAUCAAAAUGAUAAUAAAAAUAAAAUCAAUCGAACGGCUUUCUUUUUAGAACUAUUUCUUAUAGCAGCGUAUUUAAAAAAGCGCGGGAAAGCAACGUCCGUAAACAGGAAAGACGUAAGACAAAUAACACUGUUUAGUUCCGGUCUUGUUUUAUCAGUUGCAGCGUAACGUUACGAUUUUUUUUAUAAAAUAACGGGUUUUUAAUCGAGAAAUAUACUAUCAGGAACAAAGAGGAACUGUCAAGGUACUGGAUUUUUAUUCCGUUUUUUUUUUAAAAAUAAAAUAUAAAUAACUACAUAAAUCUUCUACACAUAUGUAGUUCGUAAUACGUCAUUUAAAGCACGAGAGUCAUCUUACACCCCAGGGUGUAAGAUGGAUAUUUCCAGCACCGAUAAAAAUACCGGAAAUCCCCGUCUGGUAUGCAAGAAAGUGAUUUACAAUACUUACGCUGGCAUAAAUUUUGGACGAAACUUGCCACAAUUACACGUAAAUAUCAACGUCACGGUUAAGAUAAGAACAGGUCACAGGUCAUUUAUGGAAGAGUUGAAUUAUUUUUACAAAUUUGUUCAGGUCUCCAAACUAUUCACACCGAUUUCAUUAACUUGCGCAAUAUCGUUUAUCUAAAUUGUUGAGAAAUAUUCUAACAUCAAAAUAUUAUUUUUAAAUCUUGUAGGUGGAAUAUUGUAAAACAAUUUCAUUACAUUUAAGUAUAAUCCAAUAGUAUCAUGAAACUUUCGGUAAGAAUUCGCGGAGACUGGUUUGCUGUGCCAUGUAAAGCCAACGACAAGGUAAGGUGGUUUGGCGAGGAGUCAUUAAAGAGAUACUACAAGAAACAUAAUAUCGAAGAGAAAAAUGAAAAGGUGUUUGAAGUCAGGAAAGCUAAAGGAGGGGCGAUUUUAGAUCCGGAUGACUCUAUCAAAGACGUUCUCGACGACAAUGACUUUGUUACUGUUGUUCUCCAUAGUUGUUUGUCAAGUCCGAUCACGGGGCCAGCAGAACCUGUUUAUCUGGAAGAAAAAAUCGCAACGUCGGAUGUAUCUUUAGCCACAGAGUAUAUGUCAGUAGAUGGUAACAGCCUUAAUGCUGACGAUCUGGUUCGUUUGGGAAAAGGUCAUUUCCUUUUAAGGCUAACCCCGGAAUCAGAAACAGCCGUAAACAAAGCAAGAGCACUAUUGGAAGAUAUUGUCAAUCAAAACAAAGUUGUUUAUGGUAUAACGACUGGAUUCGGUAAAUUUGCAAGAACGGUAAUAGACAAGGAAAAGCUUGUAGAACUUCAAGAAAAUCUUAUCCGAUCCCAUGCAGCUGGAGUUGGUAAUCCAUUGUCACCUGAAAGGACUCGUAUGUUACUGGCACUUAGGAUCAAUGUUUUAGCAAAGGGAUACAGUGGAAUUUCUCUUACAAAUUUGAAAAAGUACAUUGCUGCAUUCAAUGCCUCGUGCUUGCCAUGGGUCCCAGAGAAAGGAACUGUAGGUGCGAGCGGAGAUUUGGCACCUUUGUCUCACCUUGCACUGGGUAUGAUGGGUGAAGGUAAAAUGUGGAGCCCCAGAAGUGGAUGGGCUGAUGCUAAAUACGUCUUAGAGUCAAACGACCUCGAGCCAAUUUCACUCGGACCAAAAGAGGGCUUGGCACUUAUCAAUGGAACACAGCUUAUAACAUCACUUGGUGCAGAAGCUGUUGAGAGAGCGGGAGCAAUUUGUCGGCAAGCGGACAUUAUUUCUGCACUAUCACUGGAGGUUCUGAAGGGCACGACAAGAGCUUUUGAUAGCAACAUACAUCAUGUUCGUCCACAUCCGGGACAGGCAAAGGUUGCCAGAAGACUGAGAUCUUUGCUUCAUUCGGACACGCAUCCUUCAGAGAUAGCAGAGAGCCAUAGAUUUUGCGACAGAGUACAAGAUGCAUAUACCCUGAGGUGUUCCCCGCAGGUUCAUGGUAUAUCGGCUGACACAGUGGAAUUUGUCCGUGGAGUAAUCACUACUGAAAUAAACAGUGCAACUGAUAACCCUAUGGUGUUUGUAGAUCAGCAAGAGAUAAUAUCUGGCGGUAAUUUCCAUGGAGAAUAUCCAGCAAAGGUGCUUGAUUACCUUGCUAUUGCUGUGCAUGAACUUGCAAACAUCAGUGAACGUAGAAUAGAAAGACUUGUAAACCCUGCAUACAGCGAGCUGCCGGCAUUUCUGACACCAGAUGGAGGUCUGAACUCCGGAUUUAUGAUUGCACAUUGUACAGCAGCCGCCCUUGUGUCGGAGAAUAAGGUGUUAUGUCACCCUGCUUCCGUUGACUCUCUGACGACAAGUGCGGGGACAGAAGACCACGUGUCUAUGGGAGGGUUUGCUGCACGGAAAUGUGUAACUGUUGUUGAACAUGUAGAGCAAGUACUGGCAAUAGAACUACUGGCAGCAUGUCAGGCCAUUGAGUUUUUACGGCCAUUAAAGACAACAGCACCGUUGGAGGCUGUGUGCAAGCUCGUAAGGACAGUUGCAGCACCUUGGACUAAGGACCGCUACAUGGCUCCUGACAUAGAUGCUGUAACCAAACUUCUACAGGAAGAAAAGGUCUGGUUCACGGCCAAACCCUACAUGGAGAAUUACCACGCUGCACAGGAUAUUGAAACACGUGUUCUUUCUCCAACUACAGCCAUGCGCAAAGAAGGUUCUGCCCCAAAGAGACGCAAGGUUGCAAGUGAACGCAAGAAUAGAUAAAAACAAUUAUUUUGAAUGUUACUUUGAUAGAAGAUAAAAUGUUUACAGGCAAUUUGUUUGUCUUAAUUGUUACAAAAGUAUGUUAAAAUGAUGAUAAACCUUCUUAUCAAAAAUGUUUUAAAGCACGUAUUAGUUUUUCCUUUUUCUCAAACAAAUAGUAAAUCCUUGCAAAAUUAUUCUGUUUGUGUUAGAAUUAUUAAAUAAAAUGGUAAUAGUUGA